GGUUUGGGCACCCUUCGGCAUGACAACGGUCAACACCAAGGACAACCCAAAGAUACCGUGACCAGCAACGACCACAAUUACUUUUUCUUGUUUACAUUGUCGUAAGGAAGCUACGUUUUGCACGAUCGAUUCUUUAUUGAUUGCUGUACAGACGUAUGGAUUGCGCAUAAUCCAUCGGCUACGACAAUCCAAAAAGUUUUCUUUUCGGUGAGCUAAGUAGAAAGAGUAUCCACCAAGCAAAUAAAAAAGUAAGAUCCAUCACAAUGGCCGCUUUUCCCGGUUGGUUGGUAUGGGCCGUGGUCGGAGUGGCAAGUUCCACGGCAGCCGUGCAUUUCAAUCAGGACAGUAUCAAUAUGUUUUUCAUGCGCCUGUUCCGUGACAUUGGGCGACACAAGGCAUACCAACGCCGCUAUGGGAGCAAUGACUAUGCUCUGACAACCUUUUUGUUGCAUCAAGACGAUCCAUUGCUGGGAGUGUUUGACGAAAGGGAAGAUGAUUUGCCCACAUACACGGUGGAUGAAUUAUGGGAAAUGGGCAAUGUGGAAGAUUUUGAAGAUGCCGAAGAAGAAGAACCGCGCAAACUGCUACUGAGUGUGUUUGGACGCAUCUACGAUGUCACCAAGGGAACCAAAUUCUACGGACCCGAUUCCAGUUACAGCAUGUUCUGUGGUCGAGACGUCACAUACGCACUGAGUUUGGGGUGUAAAACAGAAAAAUGCCUUGCCAGUAAAGUGGAGGAGCUGACGGACAAACAACUCGAUGAAGGAAAGCGAUGGCUCUCCUUUUUCCAAUUGCACGACAAAUAUCCCUUGGUGGGAAAAUUAGACGACAAUCCCAUGGAAAGCAUGAUGAAUCAAUGGAUUGACGAGAUUGUGGCCAACAAGGAUAAAGAAGGAGCAGGAGAAAUGCCACCACUCAAUUUCUAGCUACCGUAGCCAAAAACAAAACAAUAAUUUACAAAGGGUUGCCAGUGCCAACAGAAAUGGCACUAUAGUUGACAAUUCCAUUUGGCAAUUCUCCCAUAGAAAUCAGACGAUGAAAAAGCCUCAAAUUGCCUUCGUACCGUACCGUAGUAGUUUCUUGGUCCGACACGAGGCAAAAACAUCUCCGAGUCGACGGUAAGCGAGAAAUGGCUGAUAGAACAACCACAAACUGACAAACUGUCGCGUCGACAAUAUGCUAUUCUAGCUAGCUGGCUACAGUCAAACUAGAAGUAAGUUUGAUUUUUCAUAAUCUAUUAUAGUCUAUCGGUCUAUGUUCGCUGUC